AAAAGAAGAAGCAAUAAGCCCAGACCCCUUUCCCACUUCCCCCCUAGCUACGCAGUCUGCAUUCUCAAAGUCCCACAGAAAACGACCGCCAAAAAGAACUUCAUCUCCUCUGCUCUCAUUUCCACUCUCCUACACAUGCCCAGAAAUUUUUUUCUCAGAUUUGAAUCAAAACUUAAGACUCUUAAUCCAAACAGGGAAAGAUAGAGAAAGAGCGAUUGAUGGGUAGAAGUAAAGUUUGGAACUUGUGCAUGUAAAAAGUGAGAAGGGGGAAUUUUUUUUUUUUGUUUUUUUUUAUAUGUGUUAUGGCAUGCCAACAGUUGAAGAAUAAGAAGAAGAAGCAUCAUUGUAGAUGCUGUUUAGGAGGUUUUUAUUCACUUCUAGAUCUUUGCCAAAAAGAUUUGAUGAUUCUUUCUUUACCAAGGCAAUGAAAAGUUUCCAUCUUUUCUUGUUCAUCUUCUUGCUCUUCUGUGCUUCAAUUGCACCUCCAACAGUACAAGCGUUCACCGGAGCAUAUGGAAUAAAUUAUGGAAGAAUUGCUGAUAACAUCCCUUCACCUGAUGAAGUUGUGACACUUCUCAGGGCAGCAAAGAUAAGGAAUGUUAGGAUCUAUGAUUUUGAUCAUAGUGUUCUCAAAGCAUUUAGUGGGACAGGCCUUGAACUUGUGGUUGGGCUUCCAAAUGGCUAUGUAAAAGAAAUGAGUGCUAACGCAAGCAAUGCAAUAACUUGGGUUAAAGAAAAUGUGCAGGCAUUUCUACCCAAAACUAGCAUUCGUGGUAUUGCUAUAGGGAAUGAAGUUUUGGGAGGAAGUGAUUACGAACUCUGGGGAGCUCUUCUGGGUGCAGUUAAAAAUAUUCACAAUGCCCUUAAAAAGCUUCAUUUAGCUGAUGUAGUUCAGAUUACUACUGCACAUUCACAAGCUGUUUUUGCUAAUUCCUAUCCCCCAUCUUCGUGUGUAUUUAGAGACAAUGUUGCUCAAUUUAUGAAGCCACUCUUGGAGUUCUUCUCUCAGAUUGGCUCACCAUUCUGCUUGAAUGCUUAUCCGUUCCUUGCCUAUAUGGGCGACCCAGAAAAUAUUGACAUUAAUUAUGCUCUUUUUCAGAAAACUCAGGGUAUUUACGAUCCGAAAACUGAUCUUCACUAUGAUAACAUGCUUGAUGCUCAGAUUGAUGCUGCCUAUGCUGCAUUAGAAGAUGCUGGAUAUAAAAAGAUGGAAGUCAUAGUUACUGAGACAGGCUGGGCUUCACAUGGAGAUGAUAAUGAAGUUGCAGCAACAGCUGAUAAUGCAAGAACGUACAAUUAUAAUCUGCGUAAAAGGCUCGCAAAAAAGAAAGGUACCCCUUUCAGGCCAAAAAUUGUGGUAAAGGCAUAUAUUUUUGCAAUAUUCAAUGAGGAUAUGAAACCCGGUCCAACUUCUGAGAGGAAUUAUGGUCUGUUCAAGGCUGAUGGGAGCAUUUCAUAUGAUAUUGGGUUUCAUGGACUUAAAUCUUCAUCUGCAGAUUCAUUGCAUUUUUCUAUGAAGGCUGUGCAAGGUCAAGGUUCAUCCAGAUCUUGUUUUUUGAUACUGACAAUAUCUGCUGUGGCAUCACUUCUGUUUUUAAGACAAUGAUGCUGUGCGAUCAUCACCAUAUGUUAAAAGAGUGAAACCGGCAUUCAACCGUAUCAGAAGUCUGAGUUCUAGGUUUGAAUUCAUUCAUGUCACUCUUUAAAAAGUUAAUACACAUAAGAUCUUCAUCAUUGUAUUUGCAAAGAACAUCUGCCAGAAACAAUUGAUAAUAUAUUGUCUAUCUCAGUGAAAUGUACAUUUAAUUUUUGCUGGACUGAGCUUUUCUUUUCUGGGGUUGAUGGUGCUUCCUGUUCUGGAUGAACAUGUUCACAGGUUAUUUAGUGAGUCAGCAGCAGGUCAGAGAUUUUAGGGGAAUCUUGGCCAGGCAACAUUUGAACAGGCUUAUUGAUUCUUUGUUGAUGGUAUUGAAAACCAAAUACAGAGUAAAAGCUAGUGGAGGCUUGUUUGGUUGCUUGGCUGUGCAGCCAUUUGACUAAGUAGUGAUGGACUGAGAUUUAUAUGCUUAUAUAUUUGGACUUUGUCCAUUACUUUUUGGAGGUUUCCUUAGACUUAAAAAAAAAAUUAACAAGUUGAUAAUUACAAUAAUGAACUCUUAAUUCAUACUGCAUUUGUAAGAAAGCAUGCUUUAUUAUUAAUUUACAUUUUGGAUAUUCUUA